AUGCCAAUAAGACCAAAUCUCCAGCAGUUGGAAAAAUGCAUUGAUAAUGCUUUAAGAAAAAAUGAUUUCAAACCUUUGAAAACACUUUUACAAAUUGAUAUUUGUGAAGAUGUGAAGAUUAAAUGCAGCAAACAGUUUUUCCACAAGUUGGAUGACCUUAUGUGCAGGGAGCUGAAUAAAAAGGAUAUCCAAACUGUUUCAACCAUUUUGGUUUCUUUUGGAAGAUGUGGCAAAAAUAUCAGUAUAUUGGGGAAAGCUGGACUUCUAACUAUGAUAAAACAAGGACUAGUACAAAAGAUGGUUACCUGGUUUGAAAAAUCCAAGGAGAUUAUUCUGAGUCAAGGAAAUUCAAAAGAUGAAGCUGUUAUGAUAGAAGACUUAUUUGAGCUUUUGAUGGUCAUACAUGACAUGGAUGAUGAAGGUAGAAGGCAAGUAGUGGAAAGUUUCAUACCUCGAAUUUGUGCCCUGGUUAUUGACUCAAGAGUGAAUAUUUGUAUUCAGCAGGAGGCUCUAAAAAAAAUGAAUGCUAUGCUGGACAAAAUGCCUGAAGAUGCCAGGAAAAUACUCUCUAACCAAGAAAUGUUAAUUCUCAUGAGUAGUAUGGGAGAAAGGAUUUUAGAUGCUGGAGAUUAUGACUUACAAGUGGCUAUCGUAGAAGCUUUAUGUAGAAUGACCCCAGAAGAACAAAGAGAAGAACUGGCAUGUCAGUGGUUUUCAAUGGAUUUUAUUGCUAAUGCAUUUAAAGGAAUUAAAGUCUCUGAAUUUGAAACAGAUUGCAGGAUAUUUCUCAACCUUGUAAAUGGCAUGCUUGGAGACAAAAGAAGGGUCUUUACAUUUCCUUGUUUAUCAGCCUUUCUUGAUAACUAUGAGUUGCAAAUACCAUCAGAUGAAAAACUUGAGGGAUUUUGGAUAGAUUUUAAUCUCGGGAGCCAGACUGUAUCAUUCUACAUUGCCGAAGACAAUGAUAAUCAUCAGUGGGAAGCAGUCACUGUGCCUGAGGAAGAAGUACAGAUAUACAGCAUUGAAGUGAGAGAAUCGAAGAAGCUACUGACUAUAAUUCUGAAAAAUAAAGUAAAAAUUAGUAAAAGAGAAGGGAAAGAAUUGCUUUUGUAUUUUGAUGCAUCGUUAGAAAUCACUAAUGUGACACAAAAAGUUUUUGGUGCAGAUAAGUAUAGGGAAUUUACCAGAAAACAAGGCAUUUCCGUUGCCAAAACAUCUGUGCAUAUUCUUUUUGAUGCAAGUGGAUCACAGAUUCUAGUCCCAGAAAGUCAAAUCUCACCAGUCGAAGAAGAACUUGUUAGUUUGAAAGAAAAAGCUAACCCCCAAGAGGAAUUUGCUAAACCUCCAAAAUGUAUCAAAAACAGUAAUCAAGGAGACAUAAAAAAUAGUCAGCCUAAGAUAAUUACUCCUAGCAAAAGAAAAAUGUCUGAAGCAUCAAUGAUUGUUCCUGGCUCAGAUAGAUACACUGUGAGAAGUCCAAUAUUUUUAGUCAAUACAUCAACACUACGAAGAAGAAGAAUUAAACCACCACUGCAAAUGAUGAGUUCUGCAGAAAAACCUGGUGCUUCUAAAACAUUGGAAAAUGGAGUGGAUAAUGCUGUAUCACUUAAAUCUAGACCAUCUGAAGAAAGAAAUAAAGGAGAUAAUACAGACAAACAUAUCGAAACUGAUAGAGAAAAGACAGAAAAUAAGGACAUUGAAUUCCCAAACCAAAAUUUUAGUGAACUCCAGGAAAUUGUUCCUGAUUCACAGGCAGUGGGAAAAAUAGAUAAACCUGUGUUACCUGGUGUUUUAGACAACAUCUGUGGAAAUAAAAUGCACUUCAAAUGGGCACGUUGGCCACCUAUAACAAAUAUUAAUCUGUGUAAUAACAAAAGAGCAAGUACUUCAUCAGGAGACACAUUUACUCAAGAUAUUGUUAUCAACAAAAAACUUACUAAACAAAAAUCAUCCUCUUCAAUAUCAGAUGAUAAUUCUCAGGAAAUGGGAAAGGUGCAGUAUGGGAAAGAAAUAAUGCAGCAUAACAAAAUACAUAAAGCAGAAGUAGAAGUUUGCAAAAGAAACAAACAACAACAACUAAAUCAUUCUAAACAUUUGGAGGAGAAAAAUACUGAAAAUACAAAGCAGAGUGAUUGGCAUAUUGAAUCUGAAACUACUUUAAAAUCAGUUCUCCUAAAUAAGAAAGUUGAAGAAUCUGUGAUCUGUAGGAAGAAAUACAUACUGUCAAAAGAUGUGAAUACUGCUAUCUGUGAUAAAAGCCCUUCUCCUAGAAAAAAUGCAGAAAGUCAUAGAAAAUCAGGGGAAAGACUGACAUCUGAAUUUAAUUCCUGGGAUUUGAAACAAAAAAAAAUGAGAGAAAAGUCAAAAGGGAAAGGAUUUACUGAUGCAGCAGAAUCUUUGAUAAGCCAAAUUAAUAAGAGAUACAAACCAAAGGAUGGCAUAAAGUCUACAAGAAAAUUAAAGGAGUCUUUGAUUGACAGUGGUUUUUCAAACAAAUCUGAUCUACAGCUCAGUAAGGAAAAGGUUCAGAAAAAAAGUUAUAGACAAUUGAAGACUACUUUUGUUAAUGUUACUGCUGAAUGCCCAUUGAAUGAUGUUUACAAUUUUAAUUUGAAUGGAGCUGAUGAGCCUAUUAUAAAGCUUGGAAUCCAAGAAUUUCAAACUACAGCUAGAGAAACCUGCGUGGAUAGUUCAGUGACACUGUUAGGUUUAAGGAAUCAUGAUGAACUUGAACCUUCUCUCAAAACAAAAGAUAAAAGAACUGUAACUAAUCACAAAAAGAAAAAUCUCUUUAGUGAUAGUGACACAGAAUACAAAUGUGAUGACAGCAAGACCGAUAUUAGCUGGCUAAGAGAACCAAAAUCAAAACCACAGCUAAUAGACUACAGCAGAAAUAAAAACGUGAAGAAACAUAAAAGUGGGAAAUCAAGACCAUCUUUGGAAAGGGGACAGCCAAGAUCUAAAAUGACACCCAACAAAAACAUCACCAAAAAGGUAGAUGAGACAGUUCCAGAGGGGAGAAUGAGACUUCCACGACGAGCCGCAGAAACCAAAAAAAAUUAUAAAGAUCUCUCAAAUUCAGAAUCAGAGAGUGAACAAGAAUUUUCACAUUCAUUUAAAGAGAUAGUAAAGGAGAAGAUCCAUUCCAGACGCAAAACCAUGAAACUGCCAAAGAAACAGCAGAAUCCCUUCACUGCCGAAACACAAGAGGAUGUAUCAAAAGAAUGGAAAAACUCACCUCUACUGAAAGAUACUAUAAGAGAUAAUAACCUUGAUCUAUCUCCUGUAACUUUAUCUGGGAAUCCGUCAUCUAUAGAAGUAAUGAGAUGUAUAGAGAAAAUAACAGAAAGGGAUUUUUCUCAGGACUAUGGCUGUAUAACAAAAUCAGUAUCACCAUAUCCAAAAAUUUCAUCACCUGAAUCCUUAAACAGUGGAGAUGGAAGUCCAGUAAAGUCACCCAAGAACAGUGAGAAGAAUUUACUAUGUACAAGAGAAAGUUGCUCACCAAUUCCACGAUCAUUCUUUUUGGUAAGGCAUAGCCCAGUUAAGAAUAAUACCAUUGUGAAUAGAAACAAUGUAAAUUCUGUGGUACAGAAAUACAAAAAUUGCAACAGCUAUUCAGAUGUAAGCAGUUACAGUUCAGAAAAAAUUUAUGGAAAUUGAACCUCCACAUAAGAAAAUCAUAUUUGAAGCAAAAGAGGGGAAAGUCAUUCAGCAUCUCCAUUAUCCAUGUCUAGUGAAGGAAGAGGGAAAAUAUGGUGUGGCAUGUCCUAUGACUCCACUCAUGUAUCAGGCCCUACACAACAUCUUAGUCGCAAACGAAUGUACAUAGAAGACAAUCUAAGUAAUCCUGGUGAAGCAGAAUUGGAAGAAGAAGAAGAAGAAAGAGCAAACUUGCUUCCCAAGAAAGUGUCUAAAGGAGAAGGUGCAGAUCAUCACACUUGGAAAGUGUCUGAAAGUUUAUCUCCAUUAUCAACAAAUGACUUUUGUAUUCCUGGGGAGAACUGGGAAACUGAAAUUUCAGGUAUAGGGACGAUGUGUGAGGAGUUCAAUACAGAAUUUAGGAGGAAAGUUCAUAUCCGCCACAAAAUGAUGGAUUAUUUUACUAAACAGUCUUGGAAAACGGCUCAACAACAUAUAAAAACAGUGGACCAUCAGAUUCAGGAGUAUAGGAUCAAAAAACUUGACAAAUUCCAACUCAUCAUCAUAGAGGAGCUGGAGAAUUUUGAAAAAGAUUCACAGUCUUUAAAAGAUUUGGAGAAGGAAUUUGUGGGCUUUUGGGAAAAGGUAUUUCAGAAGUUCAGUGCCUAUCAUAAAAGUGAACAGCAGAGACUUCACCUUUUAAAAGCUUCAUUGGAAAAGAAUGUCUUCUACAACACUGAUUAUGAAGAAACUAUUUUUACAUCUGAGAUGUGUUUGAUGAAAGAAAACAUGAAAAUGCUGCAAGACAGACUUCUUAAGGAAAUGCAAGAAGAGCAGCUUCUUAAUGUACGCAGAGGAUUGAUGUCAUUAUUCAUGGCUCAUGAAAGAAACAAUGUGUGAUGUCUAGUUGUUAUCAACAAGUUUUAUCCAGUUAUUCCUUUGUGUGUAUAGCUGGGGAAUACCAGAGUAGCUCUACAAAGAAAAUACAUGUCACCCAGGCAAGAGUACCUUUGUAGGAACCUCUGAAUUCAAAGAAAUGUCCUCUAAUGGAUGAGAAAGAACCUACAGUCACUAUAACAUGAGUCUUGAGACCCAAAGAAGACUUUUGUCUGUACGAUACUAUUUUUUUUAGAAAGCUUUGGGAAACCAAUCAGUAAACAGUAAAAGAAAUUGGCUUGUUUUUAUAGUAAUAUUUGCAGGAGACAAAUAUUGCCAAGUUAACUAUACUCAUAAACUAAUAAACUAAAAUUAUCAUAUAAAAUAUAUUUUAAAAGUCUGAACUAAAGUAUUAUUAAAAUUUACUAGUUCAGAAUAUACUACAAGUAAUAAAAAUUUAGUGAUGCAUAGAAGGGGGAGGAGUCUGAUUUAAAAUGCUUCCCUGAGUGUAAAUCACUACUUUCAGCACACUGUUGGAGAGUAUAUUUAUUCAGUUAUGGCUCCAUUGUAUUAGAAGGCACUAACUAGCCUAAAAUAGUUAACAUGUCUCUCUAGAAUUAAAAUGGUAUUAACUCGCAGCAGGCUGUUUUGACAAGUACUUUUU